AUCUCGCCUUCUCCCCCCUUCCUCUCCGAGACUCCCAAACCCUAGCUUUCUUCUUCCUCGGGCUGCGGCUGCGGCGGCGGCCAUGGACAAGAGCAUGCUCGGAGACCUGGACGGCCUCCCCGAGGAGGACAAGAUGCGCAUGGCCGCCAUGGUCGACCAGCUCCAGAUCCGUGACAGUCUGAGAAUGUACAAUUCCCUGGUGGAGAGAUGCUUCACGGACUGCGUUGACACAUUCCGCCGGAAGACCCUGGACAAGCAAGAGGAGUCCUGCGUCCGCCGCUGCGCCGAGAAGUUCCUGAAGCACUCCAUGAGGGUUGGCAUGAGAUUUGCUGAGCUUAACCAGGGCGUUGCCACACCUGACUAAUCGCAUGGGCUUCGUUGCCCCAUCAAGUUUCUAACCUUGGGGAUUUUGUCAGCAUCAAUCUGUAAUCUUCAAGAUUUCAGCAUUUUGUGAAAUGGGAACCAUUACGUUACCUCUUGAACCGAUUGCUGGGUAUCACAUUGAAUAAAAUUACGUUGAAUUAUUGCA